AUGGCCGAAGACCCUCUCCCCAAGCGCGACCCGAAGACCCUCCUCUCGUCCCUCCUCGAGCUCACCGAAAACCGCAUCGUACCCCUCACCCAGCGCGGCGUCUCCUCGGGAAGCAAACUCUUCGGCGCCGCGAUCGUCUCCUCCGCGACCCUCGAGCCCUUCACCGUCGCGACCAACGACGAGCGCGCCUCCCCCCUCCUCCACGGCGAGAUCAACUGCAUCCAGCAGUUCUUCACCACAACCCACCCGGACCCGUCCACGCGCCCCUCGCCCCGGACCGACUGCCUCUUCUUCGCGACCCACGAGCCCUGCUCCCUCUGCCUCAGCGGCAUCGCCUGGUCCGGCUUCCGCGAGGUCUACUACCUCUUCACCUACGAGGACAGCCGCGACCUGUUCGCGAUCCCGCACGACAUCAACAUCCUGGAGGAGGUGUUCCGCGUGCGCGCCGCGGGGGAGACGGACGAGGCGCUGGGCAGGAGGGAGCUGUACAACCGGACCAACAAGUUCUUCACGGCGCGGAGCCUGGCGGAUCUGGUGGGGGAGCUGCCGGAGGAGGAGAGGGCUCGCUGGAGAGGGGAGACGGAGCGCGUCAAGGGGCUGUACAACGCGUUGAGCGACACAUAUCAGGAGGGCAAGAAGGCCGGCGCGGAGAGCUCGAGCGUGUGGAAGUAA